CUAAAACCAUUGGUCAUUGGGUGAGGGUUUCCUCAGGAAAGUAUCCAAUCUGCUUACGCUCAUAUCUAUAUUUACAUUGGAAACUUCAUUUACUGUUUUUGCAUUGUCACAACACGUAAAACCGAAGUUUACCAUAAAAAUGUUUCAGUUUGGAAGAAUGUUUCCUACUAUGCCAAGUGGCAGAAACUUUUCAGAAACAUACAGAUGCUAUUCUGUCACAAUGCUUGGAGAUCGUGAUGAUGUCGAAAGGGGAGGCAAAAUAAUAAUGCCGCCAUCUGCAUUAGACAAACUGACACGACUACACAUACAGUACCCAAUGUUGUUCAAGAUGACCAACAGGAAACAGAAUCGAGAGACCCACUGCGGUGUUCUAGAAUUUGUUGCUGAUGAAGGCAGAAUCUACAUACCUUACUGGAUGAUGAAGAACCUGUUGUUGCAAGAGGGCGAUCUCAUUCAGGUGGACAAUGUGUCUCUUCCCAUUGCAACGUUCGCAAAGUUCCAGCCACAGCACACUGACUUUCUUGACAUCUCAAACCCCAAAGCUGUACUGGAGAACGCUCUGCGGAGUUUUGCAUGUCUAACAGUGGAAGAUCUCAUCGAGUUCAAGUAUAAUGACAAGAUGUAUGAAUUACGAGUACUGGAGACAAAACCAGGCAGAGCUGUUUCCAUCAUUGAAUGUGACAUGAAUGUUGAUUUUGCCCCACCAUUGGGUUACAAGGAACCGGAAAGAGUGAUGCCUCAUGCUCAGGAACCCAACAAAAUGGAGGAAGAGGAUAUAGAGCCAGAUUGCGACAGUUUCCAGGUGUUUAAGGGCCGGGGAAACAGGCUUGAUGGCAAAACCAAGGGACUUGAUACUCCAGAUAAACCAAUCCUUAAUGUGCCACCCAAAAGGGGCAUUCCAAAUUACAACUACAAAAAGAACACCAUCACUUUUAUCAGGACCUCAAGGAGGGUAGAGAAUGGAGCGCAAUCCCCCGAGGAUAAAAUGUUCGAGGCUUUCUCAGGAGAAGGACAAAGUUUAAGGAAAACCAAGACAAAGAGUCGCAAAUAAGAAAGUGUUCAAAUACUGUUAUUGGUGCGGUCUUUGAAUCAUUGAACAUAAUAUAAUCAUUCAGUGUUUAAAACACUGUUAUAAAUUGGUUUUCAUUGCAUCUUUUAAAGCAACAGUUUCCUGAUUAUUUAUUUAUUUAUUUACUUUAAGUGUUGAAUUACAUCUCACAAGUCUGUGCUGAUGCCAAAUUUUAAGUCGGAAUAUGUACAGUACAUAUACACAUGUAUUACCAUGCUUAAAAAAAAGUAAUGUUUCCCUCAUAUAAAUUUUUUGCUGAAACUUUAAUUGAACACUAAUAUUUAUGAAAAUAAUAUGUCAGGUCAAGUCCACUGAUACAGGUAAAAUAUUUAUGGAUGUAUUAUACUGAAAUGUGUUAUAUAGAAUGAUUGUAUGGAGAGUUAGCAAGUGGGUUUAUUUUGAGGCUAGUCGGUUUACCGUAAAUUGAAGGUAAAUGUUGUAAACAAAGUAAGAAAAAAGAUGUCUGCUCAAUAAUUAAGUUUACAUGGUGGUAGCUUACAUGCAUUCUUUUAAACUUUGGUUUGUAUAAUGAGGUGUGUUUGGGCAAGGUUAAUGUCACUGUAACAUAUUGUUCUUUUGAACAAUGGUUUUCUGCUUCAUAACUUCGAUUUGGAUGGAGCUAUUGAAGGUUUACAUGUAGAUUUCCCUUUUUUAGUGUUGUUUAAUUUUCUUUUACAAUAUUCUACUGUAUUAUGUUUUUUAAUGAAAAUCAAAUAUGAAAUGUAACCAAUCAUUAUAUCCCUGCUUUGUUAAUAUUUGUUUCUUUAAGAUAUGGUGAUUUUCAUUUUAAAAAUUGCUCUAUUUUUCAUCUUAUUGUCAAUUAAAAUGUGAGUGCUUUAAAAUCUCACAUUUUUUGUGGUUUUGCAGGAAAAUGUGUAACAUCAGAAAGUUUAGUAAUAAGAUUAUUUUGUAAGACGUUCAGUUGAUAAUAACUUGAAUGUGAAUGGAGAUGUCUUUUUGGGUGCAAAAAGUACUGAGUGAUAAAGAUAUUAAAGGCUGAAAGUUUGUGUGAGGUAGCUUUCAUGCAUAUGAAGCGUGACAAUGAAGAAUUACUUAAAUGAAUAUCUUAAACAUUGAAAACUUGUUUAUUGGAAAUGCCAUGUUGCUUGUUAAUUGUUUAAACUGUAUAUAAAACAUAAAGUUAAA